UUAUCUUGCAACGAAGCUAUCACGUUAUCGAGUGCGUAAACCGAUUGUCAUAAAGUCCCGAUUAUCGAUGAGAGAGCAAGAACCCAGGGAACCAAGGACGUGUUUGACACAGAAGGGAAGCGAGUGUGCGAUGAGGGAGGAAGUUUGUGGGCGUGAGUUACUGUGCCUUGUUUAUCCGUGUGUUGUAUUUUUAACUUGAUAUUGAAAGACAGGCCGUGUUACGAAAUGUGCGUAGUUGGUUGUCAAGACACUGUCAUCUAAUCCAAGGAAAUGCAUUUUGCAGAAUCAACAACUUAGAAAUUUUUCUUUUUGUUUUGUUUUUUUGGGGAGUAAGUAAGACACUACGAGAAAGGGAAAAUAAAGACGCUGAAUAGUUAUCACAGUGCUUCACUCUUCGUUUGGAUGAUUCACUGGGAAGUGCGAUGUACACUGGCAUGUCGAGGAUGAGAGGACUGUAUUUAUAAACAUGACUUCUGUGUGGAAAAGACUGCAGCGAGUUAACAAGAGAGCAGCAAAAUUUCAGUUUACUAUUUCCUAUCACCAGCUAACGUUAGAGACUACUUCGAAAUGGAAGCCAACAAAAUUAAGUGUUGUAUGGACUCGCCGAAGUCGACGUGUUGUAACAGAGCCCUUGGCGUGGGAACCAACCAUGAAAGAUCCACUACGUGGUGUUGUCGUGUGGGCAGUUCCAGAGAAUAAAGAAAUUACAGUAACGUUAUUCAAAGAUCCAAGAACACAGGAGCUGGAAGACAAGGACUGGACUUUUCUAGUUGAAGAUGUUCCAGCAACUGGCAAACGUCGUCAGUUGGCAGCAACAAAUAUUAACAUGCGCAAAUAUGCCAGUGUAGAGUCCAAGCAGAGUCAUUUGAACAUGACUUUGAAACCAGUAACUAAGAAAAUUGUUGGUGCCACGUUGGAGGCAACACUAUUUUGUGUUCUUGUCCGGGAAGGGAAAGCCACAGAUGAAGAUAUGCAGAGUAUGGCGAGCCUGAUGAGUAUGAGUGACAUAGCACCUCUUGAAGAUUUUGAGGAUGAGGAGGAAGAUAGUUCAAAACUUCAGGAAGUGGCAGAUCUUGCAAAUCAGAUUGACUUGUUGACUAAUAGUUUGAGUGAGUCAGAAUUUGCUAGCACACCCAUCAGUGUUGCAAGUUUGUCCUCCUAUAUUAAAGAUGAAACAACACCUAUAGCAACUGAAAAUAUGAGCUUCAUGGGGGACUCAGUAGUUACAGGGGUUCCAGAUGUUGUCGCUGAACUCGAUAAAAAGAGUGAUGAUGCAAGAAGCAAAAGCAUGAUUGAAAGCAGUACUCAUGGUGCCCCACAAGAGACCCUGGAAAUUCAAGAAAAGGAGAGUACUCCCAAAAGAAAGUUGAGCCUGAAUUUGCAGCCUCUGAAUUUUGAGCAGGGUGAACGAAAAUCUCCAAAACUUGCAGAAACCACUCCAGGCCAAGACCUAUUGGAAUGGUGCAAAGAGGUAACCCAAGAUUAUCCUGGAGUGAAAGUGACCAAUCUAACAACAUCUUGGAGGAAUGGCAUGGCCUUCUGUGCUGUUAUACAUCAUUUCCGUCCAGAUCUUAUAGAAUUUGAUUCACUCUCCACUCAUGAUGUGAAAGGAAAUUGUAAGAAAGCAUUUGAGGCUGGUGAAGCCCUGGGAAUACCAAAGGUGAUUGAACCAGGAGACAUGGAUUUGUUAACAGUGCCAGACAAGUUGGCAGUAAUGACAUAUUUAUAUCAGUUGAGGGCCCAUUUCACAGGCCAUGAACUGGAAGUGCAGCAAAUUGGGAAAACAACUGAUGAAUCUUCAUACAUGGUUGGUCGUUUCAAUACGGAUACUGACACGGAUGUCACAGUCCAGCUGUUUGGCCAAGAAAUUAUGAAUCUCCGCAAACGGGAAACAGCAGAGCGAAAUCAGCAGAACAGGUCUUCGUACAGGAGGUCUGCUUCAAUUGAUUCGGAAGGAACAGGUGACAGUGAAGGAAACAAAAGUGCAGUUCUUUCCCCAAAGACAGCUCGGCAGAACUCUUUACUUAGGCUCCGGUUACCACUUGUGUCUGGUGACUCUGGGGACAAUUCAGAAAAGUCUCCAACAUCGGUAAAAGAUGUCAAAGACAAAAUUCUUGCCAGCUCAAAGAGUAUAAUUGGAAAAGUUUUGUCCCCUACCAAGGACAAAUUUAAUAGAGAAAAGAGUAAAUCUCCAGUAGCAAAUACUCAGCGUCCAGUACUUAUGACAAGGCGUCAACUGACUGAUCCGUUUGCGUCGGAUGAAGAAGAUGAGAGUCCCAAAAAUGAUGGCGAAGAAAAGAAAUCUCCAACAAAUACGGUGUCCCUCUAUCGCUUGUCACAAGACAAUCAAUCUGUUAAAUCAUAUGACACGAAGAUGAACAAAGAGAAUCCAGACUUGCAGGACCAGCCUGCUUCACCAGCCCAUAGUGAACCACUUACGCGGCAUCAAAUUCUAACACGUCAUGAUGAAUUGAGAGAGCGUGCUCGUCAGCUCCUGGAACAAGCCAGAAGAGAAGUAACAAUUCGUGGGACUAACAGCCAUUUAACAGUUCAGUCACCAGUCAAGGAUGAUGAGGAGAGGCAGCAACAGUUACGAGAAAGAGCACGAAAGCUUAUUGCUGAAGCAAGAAUGGGUGUUGUUCCUACUUCACCAAAUGAGUUUAACAGCAAAGUCACAGGUGCUAGUGAUAAUAGUCCUUCUAGGGAGAAUGAAAAGUCUGAUGACCAGAAUAAUGUUUUAUCACGGACCUUGGAGAGAAUGAAAGAAUCAUCUCCAGUGCAAUCACCAGAGCAUAAAGAUGAACAGAAUGGUAACAUCACACCAUGGAGUCCAACGAAAAGUCCGUCUAGUCCCACAAAGGUUUUGGAGACCUCUGAUAAUAGUCAUGUUGCACAAAAUAUUAUGGAUGAAGCAAACACUAAUAAACCAGCAAUAUCACCACUUCAUUCAUUCUCUGCUCUUAUGGAUAGAAUUUCACCAGAAAAGUCUCCAGACGCUCAUCAAAGAGGGUGUGGAAAGGAUGUAAAUAACUACAUACAGAAUGAACUGGAAGCAUUAGAACGAGAGCAGAAACAAAUAGAUAAACAGGCUGCAUUGCUUGAAAAAGAUCUACGGAAGGUAAUGGAAGCAGGUAACGACAGGGAAAGAGAAGAAAUACUUAUGUCUAAAUGGUUCACAUUAGUCAACAAGAAAAAUGCGUUGCUAAGGAGGCAAAUGCAGCUGAAUAUCCUUGAGAAAGAGGAUGAUCUAGAAAGAAGAUCUGAGCUGUUAAACAGAGAACUUCGCAGUAUAUUGGCGAUUGAAGAGUGGCAGAAAACAGAAGAGCAGAAGGUGCGUGAAAAUUUGCUGUUAGAUGAGCUGGUAACCAUUGUAAACAAGAGAGAUGAGCUUGUCCAUCAUUUGGACACCCAAGAAAGAGCUAUUGAAGAUGAUGAUGAAAUUGAGAGAGAUGUUAGCAGAGUUGGAAUUGGCCAACAAAACCGAAAUUGUGUAAUUCAGUGAAACGUCGCUCCUAUAAUAUACAAGACUGUAUAUACAUAUAUGGCUGUCAUUAAAAUAUUGUGCUGCCAAAGAUCACCAUAGUCAUCAUCAUAUCGCUGCCGUGUGCUCCUUGCUGGGUCUUGUUUUUACACUUUUUUAAAAAUUGUACUCCAUUAUGUAAUAAGAACACAAGUGUGUAUAUGUGCGACUGUUGUGGCUACCUAGAAAUUAAUUUGUGUUCUCAGUUUUUGUUGUUGUUUCUUUUGGAUAUGUGCAGAUUCUGUCUUGGCACAAUCACCCAAAUCCCACUUUGUUUCUUGGAAAUACAGAGAGAUGUUGAAGUGCACAAUGAGUCUGCUUGCAUGUAAUUGGCAGAGACUGUGAUUUAUUUUGUGACGCCGAAGGCUUUCCCGGCGUAAUAACUGAUAAUAUUCUUCUCUGGUGUGCAGCUGGAUCAUAAUGUCAUCUUGACACAAUAUUUCAACGGUCCAACUGGCCGUCAUCUUCAGGUGAGAGUGCUGGUACACGAUCUCACCGGAACUGACUUCUCAGCGCAUGCGGCGGCCCCUAUAACGACCGCAGAAGGCCCACAACGCGUGUGCAAGAAGGUGCCGUAACUGCCCUCUAGUGCAAGCAGCCUUCUGUGGCCUUUAUAGGGACCGCCGCUUGCGCUGAGAAGUCAGUUCCGGCGAGAUUGUGUACCAACACUCUCACCUGAAGAUGGCGGCCAGUUGGACCCCUGAAAUAUUGUGUCAAGAUGACGUUAUGAUCCGGCUGCACACCCGAGAAGAAUAUUAUGUGAUUUAUUUUAUUUGUAUGUGCUGCAUCAGAUUUCAUGUGUAAUACUUUUCUGUACAGAAAUGCUGGUCUGUUUGUUAAUUUAUGUUAGGCCUUUUCUAUUUUUUAAUGUUGCUGCUGCCCUGUCAGACACUUGUGAUUUACAUGGUUGUGCUUUGUCAAAUACUUUCUAAAAUCAACAUAGUCAUAAAACGCAGUUAAUACAAAAGAAAUGGCUUAGUUAAGGGGACAAGCAAGUCACUAGCUAUCAACCAUCACAGGACAGAUUCAUUUCUUUAGUAGUGGUAUUUUUAACACACAGUAAUACAGGAACAUAUAAGUUUGAUGCUGUGUAAAAUAUGGAGAAAAUGAACACAUUGAAAACAUAGACAGCAAGUUAAAUGUGGACUAAUAAAGGCGAGAAAAUAUUUCUUGGAUUUACUUUUACAGGGCUCUGAGUGAUUUUGCCAUCUAAUUGUGAAAGUUUUCAUGUCUUCUUGAUUAUAGAUUUAUAAAGAAUAAGACAGAAAGCCUUCAAAAUUUCUAUCCUUCUUGGCUCAUAAAGGUAAUCGAACUUGGACAACAUGAGACUAAUUCACUCUUGAAUGAUAUCAGCAUGCUGAGAUUUUAUGAGCUGAUAAACAAGCAAGUUUGUUGUAGAUAACAUCAGAUAGACUUGGGUGGGUUCAGCUGAUCAAAAUUACACUUUAUACAGAAUUUCAUGAGUGUGUGCAAGCUGUAGAUGUGUGGCAUACUGCAGACAAUUUGCCCUUUGUCAUACAAAUUUUAAAAGAAAAACACCUGUUGAACAUAAUAAUAUAAAAAGAAUUUGUUUUUAGUUGGAGACAACAACAGAAAAUAUUGUCUAAAAUGUGGGAAGAUAUAAUUACAGUUGCCUUCUGGCAACCAGUACUCUUUUAAAUAUUAGAAAAACAAUAUGCCUUUCAUUACUUACAGUGAUACUAGUAACAAUUUUCUUUGUUUGAAUUCAUAAUAAUGGAGCUAUUAUGUUCAAUAAAUUUCAUUCAUGUCUUAGUUAACAAAAUAAAUGUUUGUGUGUAGCCUGAACUUGUAUUAUUAAACUCUGAAUUUGGUUAACAUGUUAACAAAUGCCUGUGACAGGUCAGUCAAUCAUAGCUGAUUCAGUCUUUCACACUGAAGGGUGGAAAUACUUCAUCUCUCUCAGAGUACAAAGUUCACUUGCUACAUUAGCUUCUGUGACAGUGUCUCUUUAGGUCAUAUGUCUGCUGGUGACAUGCAUGCUUGAUUAUUAUUUUUGUGCACUGCAACAUAUCCUGUGAUAUUAAACUGUCAUGAUUAUAUAAAUAUCGUGUCAAAUCGAAAGGCAUUGUGUAAAUUCUCUCUCUCUCUCUCUAUCUCUAUCUCUAUCUCUAUCUCUAUCUCUCUCUCUCUCUCUCCCCUCCCUUUUCCUCAUUUUCUUUAAAAAUUUAUGAGAAUGAAAAGCAUUUCUUCUGAUCCAUCACAAGUUUGUGGGGAACAGUGCUCCAUAAUUUUUAUUUUUCUUAAAUGUUCAAUAAAUAUCAGCUCAGCAUCAAGUUUGGUCACUGUUGCUUCCGUACCAUUGACAUUAUCUUUAAAGCUGCAUAUUUGUAUAAUGAAUAUUAAUAGAUCAGCAUUUUUUCUAGAAAAAUUUACAAUUUCAUUACAAAUUAUGCUUCCAUUUUAUUGCUGUCAUAUUGGAUGUGCAAUUUUAAAACCUUUUAAGCUGUUUAUAUAUUAAUUUAUGAAACAACAGUUUAGCAUGUGGUUGUGACAAUUUUUUUUAUUUGACGGUUGAAAGAUGAAUGAAACCAUCUGUGUUGUGAUAAUUACCCUUUGUAGUCUUUUUUAUGAUUUAUUGGCUCUCCCUCCUUGCUUUUCCCCCCAACAUGUUGCACUCUUAUUACAUUUAUAAUGUUAUACUCAUUUUUGGUUAAAUGUUUGUAAGUGGAUAUUUCAUGCCUCAAUCUAAUGCCCAAAAUGCACAAAUCAAUGUUCCAUUUUCUUUGUGCACUACUGUAAGACCACCCACAUGUAUGUUGCAAGUUUUUAAAGUUCAAGGUUGUAAAAAUAUUGUUGAAUGUGUAUACAGUAGUGAAUAAUUUUUAAUUUGAAGUGCAAAUACUCACUAGCAACUAUUUGUGUUACGGUCUUUUUAAUUGUACUUGUGAUAAGUUUUGUUCCUAUUUCCAUGAUUGUGUGUCUGCAAAAGUUGAGAAAUUUCUUCCUUUCUUUCUUUCUUUUUUGUGUGUUUAGGAUGUGAAUGUGAGUCUAAUCUCAGGAAUGAUGUGUGUUAUUCAUUUACAUUUACUACAUUUUCUUGUUGUCUGUCUGAUGAAUGCUGAGUUUCAUUAGUAUGUAGAAUAUGAAAUAUUGUGAAGUUCUGAUUGAAAGGUAAUUACAUUAUUUUGUCUUUGAUAAAAAUGUACUGUUUUCUUUAUAAUGCUUCUUGUAAUUUAUUUUUAUGAUAAUUUUCUUCUGACAAUACAAUCAAUUUAUGACAUAACUCUGCAACAUAUAUCCAUUCCUUACUGUAGACCAUUUUGUGCAAGAUAUGAUUUUUUCUUUCAUUUAUGAAGAAACUAAAAAUUUACCCCAUGUUUGUAACUGUAGCUUUCAUGUAAGUAAUAAGAUGCAAGUGUUGUAGCUGAGUAAGAAAACAGUAUACAAAUAAAUAUGAAAUUGACUGACGUUUUUCUGGUGUGACUGAUAGAAGAUACACUUUCCAAGUAACAUCAGUUUUUAUGCACUUAUUUUGAUGGCAGAAUAAGUCUUACAAUUGUGUGUAAAAUAUUAUUACAUACGUGCCUGAAAGUAUACAUUCUAUAAUAUGUACUGGUAUGGGAAGUUCAUCUGUAUGGUGAUAGUUUCUUGUGUGAAGGAAAAUUCAGUGAGUUUUGUCUUUUACAUUGUAAGCUUCAGUUUUUAUAGAAAUACAUCACACUUUAGCUGUAAAAUAAUACCAUUAUUUUUAUCAUCGAAAUUUAAGUUGUACUGACAUACUUUAGUGUGUUAUAUUCUAAACCCAUUAUUGUGUGAUUUAAUUUUGCUGACACAUAAGGUUUAUUUCAGCAGUUUCGUCAAGCAGUAUGGGUCUUUUCCUUUCAUUCCAUAGUUUUCAUAACUUAUAGCUUUGUGGGGAGGAUCUACAGCUACAGUAAAUUGAGUAUUGCAAAGAAAAAUCAGUAGUUGGAAGCUUUUGUUCUAUUAACAUUGCGCUUAUAAUGCUACGUGUAUAUUGAGUCACACCACAACAUAAUUUCUUCUAUCUGUAUAUAUUCUGUGAAACUGAUAUUUGUUAAUGUCUAUAUAUAGAUAUAAUUUAACACUCAUGUUGCAGAGUUAUUUAGGCCAUAAAAGGGAAUUGUCAGGGUAUACAAGCACAACAAAUUUCAAGGUGGGCAAGUUAGCCUAUAUUCACAAGUGUAAUAAAGAAAAUUCUGUCUACUUACAAAUUUGUGCCAUAUCUUGUAAUAUUGAAGAUUUGUAUCAUAAAGCUUCAAUGUAAUCAUUUUUAAUGGUAUAUACUCGUGUUACUGAUUUGGUGUGUGAUAUAUAUAGUGUGUACAAUCUGUUGUAUAGAAAUUCCCAACAGUACCUUUUUGUCUUAUCAAGAUUAUCUGUUAGUGUAAGAUGCUAUAUUUAUUUCAAUUUGGAUCACUACAGUUUGCCUACAACAUGGAAAUCUAGGUUUUGUUGUCCCUAGUUUCAUUUAUGUGCUUAAAGUUGAUAAUACUCUUAUUUCUUAUUCACUAGAAUACUCACUAAUGCUUUUUUUUUUUUUUCCGUCUGUGAAAUGGGAAGCAAUUUAUGGCCAUUUCAGAAUUCAGUUUUGUACUUAAAAUAUGAUGAUGUAAAUGAUUGCACACAUCACUGAAUGAGCCAGGUUGUCAUUUUUACUGUUGAUUUUGUCAUUUGGUGCUAAUGUUACCAUAGUUCUUGCCAUUUUAUGUACAACUUUAAGUAUAACUAACUAGUGUACAUUUCAGAAAAUAAAUAUUUGUGUACAAUGGA